AUGCGUAUAGGCCAGGCAACCGCAGUGCCGGCCAGGCACUGUCCUGAUUUCUUCGGGUGGGCGCAGCGCAAUCAGCGCCCCUCCCACUUUCCCGCGCGCAGCUGCCGGAAGCGGAAACAACUCUCCCGGACGGGCUUCCUGUUCGCUGUCUCCGGAAGCUGCGGUCUGCUGUCGGCCCUCGGCCUUUUCCAGGGCGAGUGGGUGUGGGUGGCCCGGGCGGGAGCGUCGUCGGACACUGCCCAACCCCACCUGGCCAAGGUGCAGGUCCAGGAGCCCCGCUGGAACCUAGCCGAGAGGCUGGGACCCGGCUCCGGGCAGCCGCGAGAGCAGCUUGCCGACCACCUGGCGUUGGUGUCCUCCACGCUGGCUUUUAAUCUCGGCUGUGACCCCCUGGAAGUGGGAGAGCUCAGAAUUCAGAGGUACACGGAAGGCUCCAUCAGUCCUGAAGACAGAGGAAGCUGCUCAUUGCUGCCUGGGCCUCCAUUUGCCAGAGAGUUACACAUCGACAUUGUGUCCUCUCCCAACUACAGCACUAGUGGAAAUUAUGACCAGGUUCUUUAUCGGCACUUUCAGACACCCAGGGUGGUCCAGGAAGGUGAUAUUCUGUGUGUGCCGACAGCUGGUCAAGUAGAGACCCUGGAAGGACGUCUGGAGAGACUGCCCAGGUGGCACGAGGUAUAUUUUAAAGUGAAGAAAACCAUUGGAGAUGCUCCGGGUGGGCUGUCUGGUGCCUACUUGGCUGAUACCACACAUACCUCCUUGUACAUGGUGGGCUCCACUCUGAGCCCUGUGCCUGCACACCCUUCCGGAGGGCAGAGUCUCUGGGGUGGCUUAUCCCCUCCUGGCCUGGAGGCCUUGGUGACUUCACUCUGUGCCAUCCUGAAGCCUUGUCUUCAGCCAGGAGGUGCCCUGCUGACAGGCACGAACUGUGUCCUUCUGCGGGGACCCCCGGGCAGCGGGAAGACCACUGCAGUGGCCGCUGCCUGCAGUCGCCUUGGGCUGCACUUGCUGAAGGUGCCCUGCUCCAGUCUUUGUGCAGACAGUAGUGCGGCCUCUGAGGCAAAGCUGCAGACUGCCUUCUCCCGAGCCCGCUGCUGCCGGCCUGCUGUCCUGCUGCUCACGGCUGUGGACCUGCUGGGCCGCGACCACAAUGGGCUGGGCGAGGACCCCCGGGUGGUAGCUAUGCUUCGUCACCUCCUCCUUGAUGAGGACCCCCCCAGCAGCUUCCCCCCGCUAAUGGCCGUGGCCACCACAAGCCGGGCCCAGGGCCUGCCUGCUGACGUGCAGAUGGCGUUUCCCCAUGAGCUGGAGGUGCCUGUGCUGUCCGAGGGCCAGCGGCUCAGCAUCCUGCAGGCCCUCACCGCCCACCUGCCCCUGGGCCAAGAGGUCAACCUGGCACAGCUGGCCCGGCGGUGUGCGGGAUUUGUGGCAGGGGACCUGUGUGCCCUCCUGGCCCACAGCAGCCGGGCAGCCUGCACCAGAAUCAAGAACUCAGGUUCAGGGGGCAGCCUGAGUGAGGAGGAUGAGGUGGAGCUGUGUGCUGCUGGCUUCCCCCUCCUGGCCGAGGACUUCGGGCAGGCACUGGAGCAGCUGCAGACAGCUCACUCCCAGGCUGUGGGGGCACCCAAGAUCCCCUCGGUGUCCUGGCAUGAUGUGGGUGGACUGCAGGAGGUGAAGAGGGAGAUCCUGGAGACCAUCCAGCUUCCCCUGGAGCACCUAGAGCUGCUGGGCCUGGGCCUGCGACGCUCGGGCCUUCUGCUGCACGGGCCCCCAGGCACUGGGAAGACCUUGCUAGCCAAAGCAGUGGCCACGGAGUGCAGCCUGACCUUCCUCAGCGUGAAGGGGCCAGAGCUCAUCAACAUGUAUGUGGGCCAGAGCGAAGAGAACGUGCGGGAAGUGUUUUCCAGGGCCAGGGCUGCUGCCCCAUGCAUCAUCUUCUUUGAUGAGCUGGACUCCUUGGCUCCAAGCCGGGGACGCAGUGGAGACUCUGGGGGCGUGAUGGACAGGGUGGUGUCUCAGCUCCUGGCAGAGCUGGACGGGCUUCACAGCACCCAGGACGUGUUCGUGAUCGGAGCCACCAACAGACCAGACCUCCUGGACCCUGCCCUCCUUCGGCCUGGCAGGUUUGACAAGCUGGUGUUUGUUGGGGCGAGCGAGGACCGGGCCUCCCAGCUGCGUGUUCUGAGUGCCAUCACCCACAAGUUUAAGCUCGAGCCCUCGGUGAACCUGGUGAAUGUGCUGGACCACUGCCCUCCCCAACUGACGGGAGCAGACCUCUACUCUCUCUGCUCUGAUGCCAUGACCUCCGCCCUCAAACGUAGGGUUCGUGACUUGGAGGAAGGGCUGGAGCCUGGGAGCUCAGCUCUGUUGCUCACCAUGGAGGACCUGCUACAGGCUGCUUCCCGGCUACAGCCCUCAGUCAGCGAGCAGGAGCUGCUCCGGUACAAGCACAUCCAGCGCAAGUUUGCUGCCUGCUAGGAGCCUCCUGCCACCAGGACCUGCCUGCUAUGGCGAAAGGUACCUACCAGGCUCUUCAGAGCCCCAUGAGGAAAGAGCUCAUCCUUGGGU